AUAGAGCAGCUGUAUUAUUUUUUUGUGGAGCUGGUGUUGCCUUCUGUCUGCUGAGUCGCUACGAUGUCCGGCCGCGGGAAGCAGGGCGGGAAGGCGCGGGCCAAGGCCAAGUCGCGCUCGUCGCGGGCCGGGCUGCAGUUCCCCGUGGGCCGUGUCCACCGGCUGCUGCGCAAGGGCAACUACGCGGAGCGGGUGGGCGCCGGCGCCCCGGUGUACCUGGCGGCCGUGCUGGAGUACCUGACGGCCGAGAUCCUGGAGCUGGCGGGCAACGCGGCCCGCGACAACAAGAAGACGCGCAUCAUCCCCCGCCACCUGCAGCUGGCCAUCCGCAACGACGAGGAGCUCAACAAGCUGCUGGGCAAGGUGACCAUCGCGCAGGGCGGCGUGCUGCCCAACAUCCAGGCCGUGCUGCUGCCCAAGAAGACCGACAGCCACAAGGCUAAAGCCAAGUGAGGCCAUCAGAGACUGAUCAAGAGAGAAAACAGACUAAAAAGGCUCUUUUCAGAGCCACCCACAUUAGUCAUGAAGAGUUGAGUCACUGUGGUUUUAGUUUUUUUUACUGGAUGCAGGCAGAUAUGUGUAAGCCGAUUUUGUUCAAGUGUUUGCUUUAGCUGUGCUCUUGUUUGUUCUUGCCUGCCUGAGCUUUUUGGUAAGAGGUUAUAUUGCAAGUAUUCAAGCCUUGCCUGAUAAAUCUGAUUUAUCUACUGAGGGUUUCCAUUUUUACAUGUUUAUAUAGUUUCCUAUUUUAUUCUUAAUAAAAUAUUUUUGUGUUUUUUUCAAA